UCUCCCUCGUUGAACGGUCUCUGGUUCCACUUAUCUUAAAGCCCCUCCUCGUCGACUCUUCUCUCUCUCUCUCUCUGGCCUUCGUUAUUUAUUAACUUAUUGUGCUUGCUAUUCUUGUCGUGCGUGUUGUCUGUUAUGUAUUGGACCUUACCAGUAGCAGUACUUUGAGUUUGUUGGGAGACGAAAAUGGGGUUCUUGAUCUCAACUAAGGUUGUCUAUGUUCUAGUUCUUGGCAUCUUGUUCUUGCAUUCCUUCACUACUACUGAGUUUGGAACGAACGCUCAACCCUUGGCACAAAACGAAGUGAAAGCUCUGCAAGCAAUAUCCAGAAAAUUAAAGAACUUAAAUUGGAGUAGUAGUAUCAACGAGAAUUUUUGCCAGGAUAGGAAUGUCAACACAAGUACAACCGACGGUGGAACUCGUAAUGUCACAUGCGACUGUACAAAUGGCACUGUUUGCAGCAUCACAGGAAUUGAACUGAAGAGUCUCAAUUUAAUUGGAGUUCUACCGGCUGAAUUUGGAGAUUUUACUAAUCUGCGAAUACUCGAUCUCACUCACAAUUAUAUCAGUGGAUCAAUUCCAACAAGUUUUGCUAAGCUCCCACUUGUCAAAUUGUCCCUUUUGGGAAACCGGAUAAGUGAAGUUCCUCUGAAAAUUGGUGACAUUAGUUCACUCGAGGAGCUGGUCUUGGAAGAUAAUCUGCUAGAAGGACCACUUCCUGAAAGCCUUGGAAAUUUGAGCCACUUGAGAAGACUCCUUCUUUCUGGAAACAAUUUUACAGAUGCAAUACCGAAAACAUUUGGCAAUUUAAAUAAUUUAGAAGACUUUAGGAUAGAUGGGAGCAGAAUAUCAGGGAAAAUACCCGAUUUUGUUGGGAAUUGGAUCAAUCUUACAAGACUUGAUAUGCAAGGCACGGCCAUGGAAGGCCCCAUUCCUUCUAACAUAUCCAGGUUGACGAACUUAGAACAAUUGAGGAUAUCUGAUUUGAAAGGAUCAAGUAUUGGAUUCCCUCAUUUGCAGGAUUUGAAGAAGUUAAAAUAUUUGGUGCUUAGGAAUUGCUUAAUCACUUCUUCAAUCCCAGUUUAUAUUGGAGAGUUGACAAAAUUGAAGAUAUUAGACUUGAGCUUCAAUAAUAUCAGCGGCCGAAUUCCAGACGAAAUUGGAGGAGUGGAUCUAGAUUUUAUGUUCUUAACCAACAACUCAUUAAGUGGGGAAGUACCUCAGUGGGUAUUGGACAGCAAAAAUAACUUGGAUAUAUCUUACAACAAUUUUUCAGGGUCAACAAUCACUAAUUGUGGAGACCAGUCACUUGUGAAUAUGGUUUCCAGUUAUUCAUCUCUUGGGGCCAACUCAGGCAGUUGGUGUUUGAAGAAAGGCCUCCCCUGUCCAAGAAAAGCACAAAAUUAUGAAUUGUUUAUUAAUUGUGGAGGAGAGAGGAUCACAUUCGAGGAGAAGGAGUAUGAAGAGGAUUUGAAUAAGGGUGGCUUAUCGCAAUUUAGUUCUCGUUCUGAAAAAUGGGCUUACAGUAGUACAGGGGUUUUCACGGGUAAUGACAAGGCUAGCUACCUCGCGAAGAGUACAGGUUCUUUGAACGUGACUGACCCAAACUUCUACCGAACAGCCCGACUUUCCCCACUAUCACUUAAGUACUACGGUCUUUGUUUGCGAAAGGGAAGCUACAAAGUAAAGCUCUACUUUGCUGAGAUAAUGUUUUCUGAUGAUCAGACAUUUAGCAGCCUGGGGAGGCGCAUAUUUAAUGUCUCAAUUCAAGGGAAUUUAGUUUUGAAGGAUUUUAAUAUUAUGGAUGAAGCCAAAGGUGCUGGUAAAGGCAUCAGCAAGGAAUUUGAUGUUUCUGUUGAAGGUAGCACUCUGGAGAUUCAUUUGUACUGGGCAGGGAAAGGAACUACUGCCAUUCCUGAGAGAGCUGUCUAUGGUCCUCUUAUUUCUGCCAUUUCAGUGAAAGCAAACUUUGAUGUUUCACGUGGUCUAUCUGCCGGAGCUAUUGCUGGCAUUGUACUUGCAUCAUGUGUGCUCCUUGUACUGGCUUUGGCAGCUCUCCGAAUGAAGGGUUAUCUAGGGGGGAAAGACCUUGAAGAUAAUGAACUACGUGGACUAGAUCUACAAACAGGUCAUUUUACCUUGAGACAAAUUAAAGCUGCCACCAGUAACUUUGACCCUGCAAAUAAGAUAGGUGAAGGAGGUUUUGGGCCAGUUUAUAAGGGUGAACUAUCAGAUGGUGCUCUAAUCGCUGUUAAGCAGCUAUCCUCCAAAUCAAAGCAAGGGAGCCGUGAAUUUGUCACUGAGAUAGGCAUGAUAUCUGCACUACUGCACCCAAAUCUUGUGAGGCUCUAUGGAUGCUGUAUCGAAGGAAACCAGUUGUUACUAAUAUAUGAAUACAUGGAAAACAAUAGUCUUGCCCGUGCACUUUUUGGGCGCGAGGAGCACAAGCUACACUUGGAUUGGCCUACAAGGAAGAAGAUAUGCUUGGGAAUAGCCAGGGGGUUAGCUUAUCUUCAUGAGGAAUCAAGAUUGAAAAUAGUUCACAGAGACAUAAAGGCAACAAAUGUUCUCCUUGAUAAGGAUCUAAAUGCCAAGAUAUCUGACUUUGGUUUAGCUAAGCUUGAUGAAGAAGAGAACACACAUAUCAGCACAAGAAUUGCUGGAACAAUAGGUUAUAUGGCUCCAGAAUACGCAAUGAGGGGUUACUUGACUGACAAAGCAGAUGUUUACAGCUUUGGAGUAGUUGCCUUGGAGAUUGUUAGUGGGAAGAGCAACACAAGUUACAGGCCAAAGGACGAGUUCGUUUUUCUUCUGGACUGGGCAUAUGUCCUACAAGAGCAAGGAAACCUUCUAGACCUAGUGGAUCCAAGUCUUGGGUCAAGCUACUCCUCUGAAGAGGCAAUGAGAAUGCUCAACUUGGCUCUCUUAUGCACCAAUCCCUCUCCAACUCUCAGACCAUCAAUGUCUUCCGUAAUAAGUAUGCUUGACGGAAAAAUUGCAGUUCAGGCACCAAUAAUCAAGCGCAGUGAAACAAACCCCGAUGCAAGGUUCAGAGCCUUUGAGAAGCGAUCCCAAGACAACAGCCAAACUCAUAUCUCUUCAUCGUCUCAAGACAGUCGCAGUCACAUGCGGGGUGGCAUAUCAAUGGCGGAUGGACCUUGGAUUGAUUCCUCCAUCUCUCUCCCCAGUAAGGACGACACCCGAGACCAUUCUUCAUCGAGCAAGCUUCUCAAGGAUCUAUACGAUGUUAAUUUGAGUGAUUAAUAUUGAUGAAAAUAACAAAGAUUAUCACAUUCUGUCUUGGUCUUUCUUUAGAUUCUAAUUUCUAUUGUAGGUAUAUAACAUAUACUUGUGGUGUCAGGACAACAGUUGAAAGAAUACUGUUGUUAGAUUAUUUUACCAGAUUCUAGUGGCGGUCUGUGUUCGCCACUCCGCCGGUAUGGAUUUCCGGCCACCUCUUGCGGUGGUUGUAGUUUUUAUUUUUGUUUUAUUUUUAAUUUUGAAGAUUUUAUCGAAUAAAUCGUGUAGUUGAGAUUUUUAAAACACCAUAAAA